UCAAUCAUUCUUGAUUCUUGUUUUGUGAGGGGUUCAGGUUCUGUUUUUUUAAUUUAUGUUCUGGCAAAGUAAAGUUCUAAUGAAUUCUCACAUCGUUUUGAAGGAACAAGUUUCCUAGAAAACUGACAGGAAAGUCCAUCUUCAGAGACAACUUCUUUGGGACAUCUUAAAAUGGAAAGACAUAGAGCUGAAAGCCAUCGAUCGCACAGUGACAGAAAGUAUCCGUAAGAACAGGGUAUUUGUUGUACUUGAUGAUGUUGAAGACAUGGAGCAACUUAAUUAGGUCGGAAAAUAUUUUAGCCGCUUUGGGGCAGGAAGCAGGAUAAUCAUUACAUGCAUUUGUUAAAGCAGCUUGGAGUAGAAAAUAUAUAUAUUCACCGGAAAAACUCGAUUGUGGUGAAUCUUUUAAACUCCCAAGUUGGCAUGCUUUUAGAACAAGUGAACCUCCUGAAGCAUUUCAAAAGCUCUUUGGAAAGUUGGUUGCGUAUUGUGGAGGACUCAAUGUGCUUAAGGAGAGGUGUCUUAUAACAGUCCAUGAUAACAGACUAAUGAUGCAUGACUUAUUCCGAGACAUGGGAAGACAAAUUUUACGAGGAACAUCUCGGAUCAACUAUUGAAAGAAGUAGAAUGUGGGAUCUUGAUGAUGUUAUUGAUGUAUUGACAAACAAUUCUGUAAUGACUUUAAUCCCUAUGGUUUCUCUUUUUUUUUUUCUGAACCUAAAAUUAUUAGGUAGAAUUGGGAUCACAUUUAGACUGAUAAAAUUAUUUUUCAAUAUUAGGGUACAGAUCAUGAGGUGAAGCCAGUUCAGGAGGUGAAUCUAUUGUUAAAAAGGUGAAUUAGUAACUGUAAACAACAAUCAUAUAAAUACAUGUGGAUUGUGGAGAGAUGAUUCCUUUCGUGAGUCCUUCAAAUCAAAUGAUAAAGAUAAACAGUUAGAAGUAAGAAGAAGAAAGAGUUAAGAAAGUAACAACGGGAGAAGAACAACGAAUGAUCAAAUUAGUCCACACACCGUGUAGAACCGUUAUCUCUAGAACAAUAAUUCAUUAUGCGGAUUGUAUAAAUACUUCACUCGUCAAAUUUUACCGCCGUAACUUUUCUUUUAGUAGCCGUUGAUUUAUUCAAAUAAAGAAAACUGGGAAUAAAAAAAUCAUUUCAUGUUGAUAUAUAUUAUACAAAUUUGAAGCGAAAAUGCCAGCAAUCUUUUAGCUCUUUAUUUCUAAAAGCAAAAUGCGAUUCAGAACGACGAUAUGGAGACAUCAUCAAUCUCUGGAGAAGCUCAAACCCAAAUUCAGAAUCUACACCCUCGGUGUCGUCGUUGCAUCAGCGUCUCGUUUCCAUGUCGCACACAACCUGUUCGACAAAAGUCCUGACCGAGUUCAAGAAAACCACACAAGCUUGCUCUUCGGCUACUCCCGCGACGGACGCACUCAAGAAGCGACCAGACUCUUCUUAACCAUCCACCGUUCCGGAGCCGAGAUGGACUGCUCAACCUUCUCCUCCGUGCUAAAGGUUUCCGCUACUCUAUGCGACGAGCUUCUCGGCAAACAGCUGCACUGCCAAUGCGUAAAGUUCGGGUUUUUAGACGAUGUGAGCGUUGGCACGUCGCUUGUUGACACGUACAUGAAAGGCAGUAACGUUAAAGACGGAAGAAACGUUUUUGACGAGAUGAAAGAGAGGAACGUUGUUACUUGGACUACUUUGAUAAGCGGGUACGCGAGGAAUGGGUCUAAUGAGGAGGUUCUGAAGCUGUUUAUGAGAAUGUAUGAAGAAGGGACUGAGCCUAACUCGUUUACAUUCGCAGCUGCUCUUGGAGUUUUGGCUGAAGAGGGAGUGAGUGGGAGGGGGAGGCAGGUGCACACGGUUGUUGUCAAGAACGGUUUAGACAAAACCAUUCCUGUUUCCAACUCUCUGAUUAAUCUUUAUCUCAAAUGCGGUAACGUUAGGAAAGCUAGAAUCUUGUUUGAUAAGACGGAAGUGAAGAGUGUGGUUACGUGGAACAGUAUGAUCUCGGGGUAUGCAGGGAACGGUCUUGAUUUAGAAGCGUUGGCGAUGUUUCACUCCAUGAGGCUUAACCAUGUCCGGUUAUCUGAAUCGAGCUUUGCUUCUGUUAUCAAGCUCUGCGCUAACCUCAAAGAGCUGAGGUUCGCGGAGCAGCUCCAUUGCAGUGUUGUGAAAUACGGGUUUUCGUUUGAUCAGAACAUAAAGACGGCUCUGAUGGUGGCUUAUAGUAAAUGUGCAGUGAUGUGUGAUGCUCUUACGCUGUUCAAAGAGACGGGUUUCCGUGGGAACGUUGUGACAUGGACAGCUAUGAUCAGUGGUUUCUUGCAGAAUGAUGGGAAAGAAGAAGCUGUGGACUUGUUUAAGGAGAUGAGGAGGAAAGGAGUUAGACCGAACGAGUUCACUUAUUCCGUCGUUCUCACUGCUCUUCCUGUGAUUUCUCCAUCAGAGGUCCAUGCGCAAGUUUUAAAGACUAACUACGAGAGAUCUUCAACGGUUGGGACUGCUCUUCUGGAUGCUUAUGUGAAGUUAAGCAAAGCAGAUGACGCUGCGAAAGUUUUUAGCAGUAUUGAUGAUAAAGACAUUGUUGCUUGGUCAGCGAUGCUUGCAGGAUACGCUCAGAGUGGGGAGACAGAAGCAGCUGUAAAGAUGUUUAGCGAGCUCACAAAGGGAGGGAUAAAACCGAACGAGUUCACAUUCUCCAGCGUCCUCAACGUGUGUGCUGCUGCUUCCGCAUCUUCUGGACAGGGAAAGCAGUUCCACGGGUUCGCUAUAAAAUCAAGAGUGGAUGACUCUCUAAUUGUUAGUAGCGCUCUUCUAACCAUGUAUGCAAAGAAAGGCGACAUCGAGAGCGCGGAAGCAGUCUUUAAAAGGCAGGGAGAGAGAGAUCUAGUGUCGUGGAACUCGAUGAUCUCCGGGUAUGCACAGCACGGGGAAGCUAUUAAGGCGCUCGAUGUUUUCGAGGAGAUGAAGAGGCGGAAGGUGAAAAUGGACGGCGUAACGUUCAUAGGAGUGUUUGCUGCCUGUACACACGCAGGGUUAGUAGAAGAAGGCGAGAAGUAUUUCGAUGUAAUGGUGAGAGAAUGCGAGAUUGCACCUACAAAGGAGCAUAAUAGCUGUAUGGUCGAUCUAUACAGCCGAGCCGGGUUGCUUGAGAAGGCUAUGGAGGUCAUAGACAGCAUGCCGUACCCAGCUGGUUCGACCAUUUGGAGGACAGUUCUAGCUGCCUGCCGUGUGCACAAGAAAACAGAGCUUGGGAGAUUAGCUGCAAAGAAGAUCAUUGAUAUGAAACCAGAGGAUUCAGCUGCGUAUGUGUUGUUGUCUAAUAUGUAUGCAGAGUCAGGAGAUUGGGGAGAGAGAGCGAAAGUAAGGAAGCUGAUGGAGGAGAGAAAGGUGAAGAAAGAAGCUGGCUACAGUUGGAUUGAGGUGAAGAACAAGACUUACGCGUUCUUGGCGGGUGAUCGGUCUCAUCCUCUCAGAGAUCAGAUCUAUAAGAAGCUAGAGGAUUUGAGUAGACGGCUGAAGGAUUUAGGGUAUGAGCCGGAUACGAGCUAUGUGCUUCAGGAUAUUGAUGAUGAGCUUAAAGAAGCUGUUCUUGCUCAGCAUAGUGAGAGAUUGGCUAUUGCUUUUGGGUUGAUCGCUACGCCAAAGGGAAGUCCUCUUUUGAUCAUUAAGAACCUUAGGGUCUGUGGGGAUUGUCAUGCAGUUAUCAAAUUGAUUGCGAAGAUUGAAGAAAGAGAGAUUGUAGUUAGAGAUACUAAUCGGUUUCAUCACUUUAGUAGUGAUGGAAUUUGCUCAUGUGGGGACUUUUGGUGACUAUAAUACAACGAAAACACAUUUUUUUUUACACAUC